UUGAGAUUAGACGGAAUCUAAAAUUUUGUGUUAAUCUUAUCUCUUUCAAGUAUUCGCAUUCCUUAAAUUUUUAAUAAAUUACUCUGCAAUUGGAAAGUUCAGAGGUAACAGCAGAAACAUGGAAUUGAAAAACUUAGACAAAAUUAUUGCUGUCGAUCAAUGAUUACUGCCCCUUUUAUAGCAUAACAUACAAAUCAGCACAGCUGCUUAUUACUCCAGAGGGGAGUAGAUCGAUAGAUGCUGAUGAUCCGAAAUUGAAAUCCACAGGGCGGAGAGAGAAGUGAGCUCAUCAUCUUACUGUUACCUUUCCGCUCAAUUUCUCUCUCCAUGUAUGCUGUGCAUACUUAUUUGUAUUCGUAUUCCGUAUAUUCGGCUUAAUUUCCGGUUUUCUGUUUCUGGAGUAAAUUCGUUCGCUUCUGGAGAAAUUAACUGUAGAAUCGAGUUAAGGAGGGUGAGGUGCGAAGAUGAGCAACAAAAAAGAAGAGGAGCGGAACGAGAAGAUCAUCCGCGGGCUCAUGAAACUCCCUCCCAAUCGCCGAUGCUUUAACUGCGACAGCUUGGGACCCCAGUAUGUCUGCACAAACUUCUGGACUUUUGUUUGUAUGACUUGCAGUGGAAUACAUCGCGAGUUUACUCAUCGUGUCAAGUCCGUAUCAAUGGCUAAGUUUACUUCGCAAGAAGUUGAAGCUCUUCAAAAGGGUGGUAAUCAGCGAGCGAGGGAGACAUAUCUAAAAAGCUGGGAUCUCCAAAGACAAAGGUUACCAGCUAACAGUAACGUUGAAAAAGUUCGAGAAUUUAUAAAGGCUGUUUUUGUGGAUAAAAGAUAUGAUGGGGGACAGUCGUUGGAUAGACCGCCAAGGGAUACACAAAAUCUUAGAGGCCAUGAAGAUGAGUCGAGACGGGCAAGUUCCUAUCAUUCUUAUUCUCAAAGUCCGCCAUAUGAUUUCCAGUAUGAGGAACGGAUUUAUGGAAAGCACGGGCCUACUCUUACAAGAAAACCUGGUUCAGAUAGAGGGAUUUAUGAAGGGAAAGUUUCCAGUUUCUCAAGUCCUAGUCAUCUGAGUGACCACAUGCAUGAGGACAGGUUUGCAAAUGAGGGUUCUGAUACUAGAGCUUCAGAUUUCUCUGUUUCUAGUGGAGGCGACCCAUUUAGAUCUGAGUUGCAGUCUCCUAACUACCAAAAAGAUACAGGGUUUCCUGGUCGUACACAGAGAACUGCAUCAUCAGGAAGCUUUGGAUCAUUCGACAACUCCGUUUCUUUCAAUUCAGUAAGCUCUUCUGAUUUAAUUGAUGCUGGUUCAGAGCCUGAACAAUCAGUCAAGACCCACCACAAUAAAUUGUCUGCUUUACCUUCUUUGCCUCACUCAUCGGUGGACAUACGUAAUGUACCUGGAACUUCACAAACUACUCCUUCAUUCUCAAACGCUGCUCAUUUGACAGAGUCAUCAUCAACUUCUUCAGUUGAUUUGUUUCAGCAGCUCUCUGCAUCAACUGAUCCAAGUCUUGAUUCACAUCAAGUUUCACACAUUCCUGCAUCAGGUUUUGAUUUAUUCUCAUCAGAGGUUCCUAACCAGCAAUCAGCUGCACACUCUGGUAACAACACCUUGAAAAACGAGGGAUGGGCGACAUUUGACACGCCUCAGCACAAUGCACCUGUGGGAAGUGAGAAGUUUACACCAGCUUUUGCAGCACCUUUACCCGACCCGUUAAAACUUUUCUCUGGGAUGCCACAUCAGCAGUCAAAUGCAGUAUCCAACACAAGCCUAUCAAAUGUUGUUACCCACAUGGAUGGUGGCUGGACAGCGUUUGACAUGCCAAAUCACUCAGCACAAAUUGGCUCUGGCACUUUAGAAAAUUAUAGCCAUCACUUAUCUCCCUUGAGUGGACUAUUCUUUCCGCAUCCUGAUGUCCAAGUAGGAUAUCCAUCAAUUCCUGCCCCAUUACAUGGAGGCAUCCAAAAUACUGAAGCGACCCUACUUGGAAGCUCUGAGCCAUGGAAAGCAUUUGGGGGUUCCAGUGAUUUCUUAGCAUUACAAAGGGAUCAAAUUAGUACUCAAGAGGUUUUAACCAGCCAUCUUCCUAUUACUGAUCAAUAUCUGGGGUUAAAAGGAUCAGAGAACUUUGCUGAUCAUGGAAUUCUAAGAACAGGAGUGGAAGUUGUCAACCAAACCAUAUCAUCAUAUGGCGGAUUACAUGAACUUGAAAACAGCAAAUCUACCAAUCCAUUUGAUCUUCCCUAUGAACCUGACAUGCAAAUUAACAGUACGCCCAAUUUCUGGGACAUGAGCUCCUUACAAGCUGGAUUGCCAAAUGGAAAGACGCCUGCACCCUUUGUUGGUGGCGAAAGAGAGUCUUGGUUUUCACAGAAUUCAGUUGCAUCUUACGUUUCAGCUUCGGGAGAAGAUACCUCGGGAUUCAUUUCAGCACAACCCACAGGCAGCCAACUGAACGAUUUGCCAAAACAAGGGCCUAUUGCUCCUAUCGGUGGAAACCCCUUCGCAUGAAGAUACACACACACUUUCUGCCCAUUCAUUUGCAUUUUGUUUAUUUAUUUUUUAUAUAUUGGUAUUAAUGAAUUGGGUUAGGCCACUUUUUUCCCCAAACUAAUAUUGUAUUUAGAAAAAACUGUUAAUUUGAUCCUCAUACUAUCACAAAAAGUCAAUUAGGUCCUCGUACUUUUAAAAUAAUCGAUCAAAUUCACGAACUUUGUAAAAACAUUUAAUUGAGUUCAUUUGCAGGUUACUUGUCAUGUCAGCAUGUCACUUGUUGACGUGCCACCCAUGUGGCAGCCCAAUCAGCAGUGACUUUGCUUACGUUGCACCUAUGUGGCAGCCCAAUCAGCUAUUUGUGCUGACAUGACAAGUAACUUGCAAAUGGACUCAAUUAAAUGUUUUUACAAAGUUAGGGAUUUGAUUUUUUUUUUUAAUUACGAAGACUUAAUCGACUUUUUCGUGAUAGUAUGAGGACCAAAUUGACAGUUUUCCCUCUGUAUUUAAAAAAGAUGGAGAUUUUGAGUUGUAUUUUGCUUGUGAAAUCAGAAUCUGCCUAGAUUUUUUUAAUCCCCAUAUAGUCUGUUGUUAGUUUUAUAGUGUUAUCUCAACUUAAUUCUUGUAAAAGUACGAUUUGUAUUCAUUGACCAUUUAGAAAUUACAAGGUACAGUAUUUAAUCAAUGCAUACAGCAUACUUGGUAUUUUUGA